ACUUCCGUCAGAACCCUCCAGGGUUUAGCAGUCAAUCUCCCGCCUCAGGAAGUUCCUAUUGGAGAAUGGCUUUGUCCAUCAGUUCAUAUACUGCAACACUUCCUCAUCUGCAUACAAUAAGGAAUCAGAAAAUCUAACAUCUGCACCUGCAGCCUCAUGUGCAACAGACAAAAGUAGAUAUCCUUUCAGAGAGGCCUACGGCAUCACUAGAUGGGGACACAUCUCUUCUGAAUCCUGUGAAACAAGGAGAUCCUUGGAAGUUUAUGUUGGAGAGUAGACUGGCUUUGUCCCUAUACUGCAGGAGUUCCUUAUCUUCAGACUAUAAGGAAUCAGAGGAUUUACCAUCAGCACCUGCGGCCUCAAAUGGAUCUUCUUUGUGCUCUGAAAUGUCUCCUUUAAGAAGAGUAGUUGUUCCAGUACCUCCCUUCCCAUUGAAGAGAGUGAAGUAGAUAUCCUUUCAGAGAGGCCUAUGGUAUUACCAGAUGGGGAUAGUUCUCUUCUAAAUCCUGCAAAACAAGGAGAUUCUUGUACGUGUUGGAGAGGAGACUGGCUUUGCCCUUAUACUGCAAGAGUUCCUUAUCUUCAAACAAUAACGAAUCAGAGGAUUCACCAUCCGCACCUUCUCUGUGCUUCAGCAUAUCUCCUUUAAGAAGAGUACUGUUCCACAACCUCCCCUUCCCCUCAAAAAGAGUCAAGCAGAUAACCUUUCACAGAGGCCUAUGGCAUUACUAGAUGGGGAUGGUUCUCUCUUGGAUCCUGCAGAACAAGGAGAUUCUUGGAAGGUCCUGUUGGAGGCUGGUCUUGUCCCCAUACUGCAAGAGUUCCUGAUCUCCAGACAAUAAGGAAUCAGAGGAUUUACCAUCUGCACCUGCAUCCUCAAAUGGAUCUUCUUUGUGCUCUGAAAUGUCUCCUUUAAGAAGAGUAAUCAACACACAACCUCCUUUCACUGUUGAAGAGAGUGAAGUAGAUAUCCUUUCAGAGAGGCCUACAGCAUUACUAAAUGGGGAUGGUUCUCUCCUGAAUCCUGCAAAACAAGGAGAUUCUUGGAAGGUCCUGUUGGAGGCUGGUUUUGUCUUUGUACUGCAAGAUUUCCUUAUCUUCAGACAAUAAGGAAUCAGAGGAUUUACCAUCUGCACCUGCAUCCCCAAAUGGAUCGUCUUUGUGCUCUGAAAUGUCUCCUUUAAGAAGUGUAUUUGUUGCACAACCUCCUUUCACUGUUGAAGAGAGUGAAGUAGAUAUCCUUUCAGAGAGGCCUACAGCAUUACUAGAUCGGGAUAGUUCUCUCCUAAAUCCUGCAAAACAAGGAGAUUCUUGUCCUGCAUGUUGAUCAAGUGCUUCAAUGUUAUGAUUGCUCUGAGUAUAAUGAACCAGUGAAACUGCAUGUCAUUCUAAGGUUAUGGGAAUCCUGUCCUCUUUGGAGUGCUCCUGUUUCAGAAUGGUGGUGACAGAAGCAAAUCCAGCACCAUAAUUAGCAUCACAGUGCACUUAAACAGGAAAAAGCUCGGAAGGAAUGUUGUGAAGUUCACUUCAAUUGUCUAAUCAUGUUAAUUUCGAAGGUAAAUAGCAUACUUUUGUCCACAGCUUCAUUGGAUAAACAGUUUGGCUGAAGCUGGCAACAAAGAUCCAGCAGGCAACUGGACUGAAUUGAUAGCAUAAAAAAAUUAAGGGUCUAUUUUGUUCAAGAAUAAUUAGUUCUUAACCUUUGGCAUAGGUUAAUAGCACCUUUUUGUAAUAAAUUUAAAUAAACAUU